GAUUAGAAAUCUAAUAGGAGUGACUAACAGGUCGGAGUGUGUGUAGUGUGUAGUGUGUAGUGAACCGUACAGACUUCAGUGAUCUUCUUUCUUCUGUGUUUUUCAGACAGUUAUGCACAGCUAGGGAACAAAGAGAAGGAAGAGAGUAAAGCAGCCCAUGUCCCUUGAUCAACGAAGCAGACUAAAGGAGAACCGAUGGGCGAAAGAAACUCCACAACAUGGACUCAGGGUCAGAGCCCUCAGGACCCGCUCAUGGCCAGCUAUGACUUUACGCUGGAUUACGACAUUCCCGUGGACCAGAUUCCGGACACGACUCAGGGAAGAGCCUUUUUCGUCUCCACCAUCAUCAUCGCCAUGGUCCUGGUCUGCAUCAUGCUCGUCUGCGGCAUCGGGAACUGCCUCUUCAUCGUCACGUUAGUGCGCUACAAAAAGCUGCGCAACAUCACCAACCUGCUCAUCGGAAACUUGGCGGUGUCGGACUUCCUGGUGGCGGUGGUCUGCUGCCCCUUCCUGGUGGAUUACUAUGUGGUUAAGCAGCUCUCCUGGGACCAUGGGAUUUUCCUGUGCAUUUCCAUCAACUACCUGAGGACGGUGUCUCUCUAUGUGUCCACCAAUGCACUGCUGGCCAUCGCUGUGGACAGAUACAUGGCCAUCGUGCAUCCUCUCAAGCCCAGAAUGAAGUACCAUACCGCCUACUGGCUCAUAUUCGGAGUCUGGAUCUUGCCGAUCCUCAUCUCGGUGCCCUCUGCAUACUUCGCCACGGAGCACGAGUACCCUCAAGGGGCUGUAGCCCAUGGCAGCAAGAUCUUCUGUGCCCAGAUCUGGUCAGCAGACCAGCAGCUUCUUUACCGCUCUUACUUUGUGUUCAUUCUGGUGGUGGAGUUUGUAGGGCCUGUGGCAGUCAUGGCGUCAUGCUACGCUCGGAUCUCACGUGAACUCUGGUUCAAGAAUGUUCCAGGGUUUCCGACCGAGCAGCUGGAGCGGCGUUUGCGUCGGAGGCGACGGACUGUCGUGGCUCUGAUCGCUGUCCUCGUGGCUUACGUGCUUUGCUGGGCGCCGUAUUACGGCUUUGCACUUCUGAGGGAUUUCUACCCGUCGGUGAUCACACGAGAGCGCAAUUCACUGGUCGCUUUCUACAUCAUCGAAUGCAUCGCCAUGAGCAACGGGGUCAUCAACACGCUGUGCUUCGUCAGUGUGAGGAACAACGCUGCUAAGUGUCUCAAGAAGGCCACGUGUUCGCAGUGGCACGUCGUGUCGAGGAACGCCACCAUCACCGCCGUGAAGGUGGUGGUCGAGGGCGAUAUGAGGACUUCUUCACUCAAAGUGACAGAGGAUGUGGAAUGUACACGAAUAAGAUGAAGAGAUAAAAGAUCUAAAGGAGGAGGAGGAUGAUGAGGAAGAGGAGGAUGAGGACAGCGUUCCUGGUGUAGCCAAGUCUUUUAUAUUAGCAAGAGAGAAUUCACAAAAGGUCACUCAGAUUCCUUCAGAUCUCCAGAUAAUAUCAAAAUAUAAUCAAAAUAUAAUCAAAAAUAAUAUUAUAAGUCUACACUCUCAGAAAAAAGGGUUCCUCAAAGGUUCUUUGGAUAGUUCAUGGAAGUAUCUCUGGUAGAGGAAGACCUUGUUGUAGGUUCGAAUGCUUUAGAUGGAUUGGUCGAUUGAACGUUCUCUUCUCAGCUCCUCCUCAAGCUUUCUUAGUAUCUUAAAGGGUUUCUGUUAGUGCAGGAUUCCAGUGUAGGGUUCACUGUUAGAACAUUUUUCCAGAGAGAAACGCUGAAGAUUCAAUAUAUCUGAUACCAACAUAUUAGUUCUCCUCAGCUCCAUCCAUCAGUGGAAAGGAAAACUUAACCCCAUACAGAACACUGAUGCGGUCUAUACAGAGGACAAUAUUUGGGAUGAAACUGACCCACAAGUCGCACCAGCAGUGGAAUUAAGCGUGAUCCAGAAGCUAUCAUCAUCAUCAUCAUCAUCAUCUUGGAGGACUUUGUCCAAGAAGGAGAUCAAAUUCACUCGCUGCACAAAUGCAACCUCAGACAUACCUCAGAAAUCACUCAUCUCCAGGAUUUCUCUGUUUCUACUAUAAUUUAACUAGGUCAUAUUUGCAUAUCGGGGCUCUGCUUUACCCCCUGCACAUCCAACUAAAUCUCACAGUGCAUUUUUCCGAAGCGUGGCUAAUGGAGAAAAACUGACGAGCAUGUUUUACACAUUCUGUUCCACUAAUUUCAUCUCCAAAUCCUUUUUGCUUGUUGAGUGACCGUGGAUGUUAAUCAUUAGUGAAGCGGGAUUUAUGCUAUUAUUGUUAACUAUUAGCUUGCCUUCCACGUUCCUUUCUCUUUUCUCAUUAUCCUGUAGCUCUUCCUCUUCUCGCUCAUGACAAAUAAUGCAACCUGAAGAUCUCAAGUAUCUGUUUAGAUUUUAUUGAAUGAUUAUUUGUUUGUAUUUUGGUGGAUUUCUGAGAGGGAAGGGUUCAUGUUCAUUUUUCAUAUACAGAAUAUUUGUAUUUAAAUAUUUAAUGAAGCGCCAGCGAGAACAAAUAAUUCACGUGUAUUAAAAAAGUAAUGGGGUCAUACGCAUACAUAUAAGGUAAGUGUCCUGAAAU